CAGAAGCUGUCCUCUCAACACCGUGGGACACACCUUCCUUCAGCUAAGGAGGAAAGCAGAAAACCAGCACGUCACAGUGUCGUCAAAUGAUUUCUGUACGGGCUUCUGUUACUUUUUCCGCGUCUGGAGACUUCUGAACUAUGCAAACUUGUACGAAGCUGUUGAGAGGAAACCCAUAUCUACUUGAUCCUUUUCCAAGGCUACGGAUUUAAACACAAUCACGGAUUUAACAUGAGCAUCGUAUCUUGGAGAUGUGUUUUCUACUGUGUUGUAUUUAGUUUUGUGGUCAUAUUUUUUAACACAAGGGCAGAUGCAACACUGGAGGGAUCCUCUAUGGGUUACCUCAGCUUGCCAUAUAGUCAGCAGCCUUUGGUGUUUCCGCGGGUCAUUCGUGUAUCUGAUGUCAAGGUAUCUGAUGAAGGCCACGCCGUUAACUCUCGACGGAAACGGAACAUCCUUUUCCAAAAUGGAGUCAAACUCUGUGCACAAGACACCGCCCAGCAAGUAGUUGCAAACCACCUAAACUACUUUCAUCUCAGAGUGUGCCAGGAGACCAUAUGGGAGGCUUUCAAGAUAUUUUGGGACCGCCUCCCAGAGCAAGAAGAGUACCAAAGCUGGAUGAGCCAAUGCCAGGAGGGCACAGUCACAGCACAAUAUAUUGGCAGCUACUUUAGCCAAUCAGAGGAGCAUCAAGCUCUGGUUAAAAAGAGAAUGUCACUACCAGGUUUGAAAAGUGAGCCCACCAGGUCCUGGCAACAUAUCUGCAGCUCACCAACACCAACAGCCCCAGAAGCUGUUGAAGCUCCUGAGUUAGAAGACAAAGCAAAAGGAGAGGUGGAGGAGGCAGCCACUAUUGUCCCAGAGGUGGAGGAGAGUCCGCUGGACAAUGAUAUUGCCAUGCAGCCUCCCACCCCCGCUCUGCUGGAGCAGGUGGUGGAGUUGAGCAUCCUCUUGACCGGAGAGACGUUCAGCGCCAACCUCUACGAUCCAGCCAGCCUUCAGCACCAAACACUCAGCAGACAGCUUGUUGAAAAGAUAGAGGACGCUCUGGAGGGGCUUCCUGGAUUUAAGAGUGUGUCUGUGCUGGACUUCAGGCCCCAGAAGGACACCAAGGGGCUGGAUGGUGUGGUGGUGGACUUUGCUGUCACACUGGUGGUGGACGGAGCAGGCGUGAGCACUGAGCAACUGGACUACCUGACCUUGCAGUCAAACCUGGUGGAAAACUCAUACCGUGGGGUUGUGGAGCUCCCUACGGUGGUCUACACCAUCAACGAGGUCAAAAACGUCAUCACCGUAGCCCUGCAUAACAACGAGCUAGAGAAUGGUUCCAAAGUGUCUGAGGUCCCUGAGUCUGUCAACGCUGCAGACGGAGCCAUGAUUAAUGCUGUUGAUGAGCUACCAGAGGUCCCGAUCCUAGAAGAGGACACCAAGGAAGUCAACAAAGACGACGUCCUGCCUGUGCCCUCUGGAACCAACACAGUGACGAACACAGAAAAGGACGUUGUUGUUCUGGAGGAGAGUGCAGUUGGGUCUCCUGCUCCUGUCCUGACCACUAGAUCACCUGAAGCUGGCGUCAUUGAGGACGAGGGUAUGCUACUGUGGAACACUGUGCAGACUCCUGUUGUAAAAAAGAAAACACCAGCAGAGCUCCCAGCUGAGCUUCCCUCACCUGAGCUGCCAAAGGGUGUCACAGUGCCUGAACCACCGGUAGAGGUAGAGGCCUCUGGUUUAGGCACAGAAGACCUGGAGGUCUUGCUCCAACCAUCUAUAUCCACAGAAGAAGAAAAAGAAGUGUCUUUUGCGGAGACUGGCUCAGAAGAUUGGCUGAUAACAGAAGACGUCAACAUAAAUGCAGGUGCCACCUCUGAAGCUGAAACCGAGGAAGUUGAGGUUGCGGCAGUGGGAGAAGAACCUACUACUUCCACUCUGGAAGAGGAGCAUCUGGAUGAGGUAAUUGUGAAUGAGACAGAGAUUCCAGAGGGGCUUGAGUUCUUCACAAUUGCAACUGAGACCAUAGAAAAAGAAGGCCCGCCUGCCCUAGUCUCACCUACUGCAGCUGUAGAUGUAGCGAGUAAAGAAUCAGAGCUGCAGACAGGAGAAACCGAUCUGCUUCCUGUUGGCAAAGACUUGGAGGGCACAGAAGAGGAGUUCACAGAUGUUCCAUCAACAGAUGAGGAAGUUAACCCCGAACAGCCUGUGGAAGACACAGACAUUAAUAAUUUUGAAGCGGGUGGCAUAGAGGAAGUAACAGAGAGCGAGGGACAAGCUCCACCUGUAGAGGAAGAAGGCCCAGCAGCUCCAGAGAUCUCAACAGGAGAUCUUACAGAUGAUGAGAUCUUACUGGUCAACAUGAGGCCUGCCCAACCAACUGCCCUGUCUCCAGAGAGGGAGUCACCUUUCACCCGUAUCUCUGAUGUUGCUCAGACUGAUAUCAUCAUCCCUUCAAUGGUUGAGAUCCAGACAGCUAUUGAAGGAUUGGAUGAUGCCACCGUUAGAGAUCAGGACUAUGAUGUGAUCCAUUAUGGUUAUGGUUUGAUUAACCACACAGAGGAGGGCAGCACUAGCUUUCCGUUUGGUGUGGCGCACGGCACAGACAAAGUCAAUAUCGCCAUGCCUGUGAACCCUGGACGAGCACUGAUGGUGUUCUUCAGCUUGAGGGUGACCAACAUGAUCUUCUCAGAUGAUCUCUUUAACAAAAGCUCCCCAGAAUACAAAGCUUUGGAGCAACGCUUUAUAGAGCUGCUCGUGCCCUACCUACAGUCCAACCUGAGUAACUUUGAGAACCUGGAGAUCCUGAACUUUAGGAAUGGCAGCAUUGUGGUAAACAGUCGGAUGAAAUUUGGCAAACCUGUGCCACAAACCGUCACCAACACUGUCUAUUUGAUCCUGGAGGACUUCUGUAACACAGCCUACCAGACCAUGAACUUGGCCAUUGAUAAGUACUCACUGGAUGUUGAGUCAGGUGACAAGGCCGACCCCUGUAAGUUCCAGGCGUGUAACGAAUAUGCAGAGUGUAAAGUGAACAAGUGGUCGGGGGAGGCGGAGUGUGUCUGUAAUGCUGGCUACUUUAGCGUGGACAGCCUGCCCUGUCAGAGUAUCUGUGAGCUGCAGUCUGACUUUUGCCUUAAUGACGGCAAGUGUGACAUCAUCCCUGGCCAGGGAGCCAUCUGCAGGUGUCGCGUCGGGGAGAACUGGUGGUACAGAGGAGAGCACUGUGAGGAGUACGUAUCUGAGCCGCUGGUGGUUGGCAUAGCAAUUGCUUCUGUAGCUGGAUUCCUAUUGGUGGCCUCCGGUGUCAUUUUCUUCCUCGCCAGGACAUUACGGGAUCAGUAUGACAAGGAUGAGUCAGAGGACCCCCUACGGCGAGCAGAGAGUAUACCGUCUCUGGAGAGGGCGACCAAGUACAACCCCAUGUAUGAGAGUGAGGCCACUACAGGCUACAGCCACUACUACCGGCGCUAUCCUGAAGCUCCCGUGUACAGCAGUGCCAGCGCUGAGGCCUCCACUGACUUCAGCAGUGAAGAGAUACGACAUAUCUAUGAGAACAGUGAACUGACCAAGGAGGAAAUCCAAGACAGGAUACGCAUUAUUGAGCUCUACGCGAAGGACCGUCAGUUUGCAGACUUUGUACGGCAUCAUCAAACUGUUGUGGAUACCCGCAGAGAGAGCUCCUCUGCACACACAUGAAACUCUCCUGUGAACAACAAGAAACAUGUCUCUAUGUUAAGUAAAGCUCCCUGUCAAGACUGCACUUCCUUCAUCAUGACACUCAGAACACUGCUCUUUAAUUCUGGACCAACGACCCCUCUUUGUCUCUGCGUAUGUCUCUGAAGUGUUGACUGUUCUUCCUCCUUCCUUUGUGCCUUCUCUUGACUGGGUGAGCUGGUUGUUACAUCAAGUGUUUACGGCUCAUCUACUUGGACGUCUCCCUUUUGGGGAAAACUGGACUGCAUCCUAUUACUUGAAAUGUUCAUCACAUAACUGUCACAAAGUAGUCCUUUUUUUAGUGGAAUGAGUGGUUUUGUUUUGUCAUGUCAUAUCUGUCCAUUCUCAAAGGGAAGAACUAAAAUCUGUUGAAUAUGUGUGUAUGUGUGUGUAUAUAUAUAUAUAUAUAUAUAUAUAUAUAUAUAUAGUGUUACCGUUAGGAUGUUUGCUAGUUAAGAUAUUAUACUUUUUGUCUGUUAGGUUUUGUCAGAGAGGCGCAGAGGCCACUGCUCAAGCUGCUUUAGUCAAUGGUGCUAUCUUGAUUUAAAAUGUAGUGGUCUACAAUGACACAUUUUUCAAAUUUAAAAGGGACACCAAUGGAUCAGCUCUGUAUACAAUACUGUACAUUAAAGAAAUAGUUUUGUAAAUAUGCAUAUUUCCUAUCUAAGACUUUUAUGCGAAGAUCCAUUGAACUCUCAUAUCUGACCGUUAAAUAUAAAUGUACAGCCGUUAGCCGUUAGCUGAGCUUAACACAAAAGCUGGAAACGGGGGGGAAACAGCUAGCCUGGCUCUGUCUAAAGGGAACAAAAUUUACCCCCGUAAGGAUGUAUUUAUUAAACAAACUACAAAUAACAUGUCAAUAAGCGUUAGAAAUACUGGUAGGCAGAUUUAGCUAUGCACACAGAAAUUGGAAUCAAUCUUUCCAUCUGAAUCUGCCAGAAAGCAAAGCAAACGUAUCUCCCAAAAUGUAAAACUAUUACGUUAAGGUGGCCAGAUGUAAUGCUUGUGAAUUAUUACAGUAAAUUAAUUUAAAAGCCGCCUUUCACCAUCUGAAUGUUAAUCCAGCUAUUAUUACCAUGGUCGUUGAUUUUUUCUGUCCCUUUAACAGCUCCAUGAAUCAGAAGCUUCGGUGUGUGUGUUUGUAAAUGUACAGCGUGGUAGACAUGAGAAAGUGAAACAGUGGUGAUGGGAGAAAGGCAGAGAGCAUGAACCAUCUAUAGCCCCGGGAUUGAGAAAUAAGUGAAAACACAUCUCAGCGGAAAAAGGCUCUGGGGCAAGCAGGCCAAGGAUUUGAUCAAAUGGUCUGCUUUUAGAUGGUAUAUGUAAUGCACCUAAAAGUACAGGUAAACCAGGGAAACCAAGCUGAUAAGCAACAUUUUCUUUGGAAAGACAACCUCCAGCUGCGUCUCCUGCUGAAGAAACCUCAAGGCUACCAGCAAUUUUUAAAAAUUGAUCUACCCUGUGACUACUUAUUUGGCCAUGAUCUUGCUCCUCAAUCUGAAACCUUCUGACAGACUAAUUCAAGUGUUUUCUUUGGUGUUCUCAUGUGUUUCUCUCUGGACUUCUUGUGCUUGAUCCCUCUUGUCCCCUGAGUGGACCCCCACAGCUGUAACUGAUUAUGAUCUGUAGGUUUUUCGCUUGUUGUUGUCCAGUGUGACGUCCAAAUCAGACACGUCGACACGUAGAUCAUGUCCUAGCGUCUUGUUUACAUUACAUGCUUCUCGUCCUCUGCGCUUAUUUUAGAGGUCUACACAAGCGACAAACAUCUGUAAAGCAGGCCAUUCUAACAGUCUCAUGCCUUUUUCAGUCUGCAUAUUCAAUUGUAUUUUUAUAUGGAUGCUUUUUUUUGUCUACAUACAGUCUUUGUCAACAUCUUCCAUCUGCCACCUGGACAAACAACCAAUCAUCCUAUACAGUUGUUGGAUGUAAAUCAUGUGUGUCUCAAAUGUUUAAAUAUAUGAACAUAUUCUUUUUAUACUGAUAACUGUUUCAACAUUUUGACAGUACCUUGCAGCGGUGUAAAUGACUAAAAACAAAU